UGCAAGUCACGACUGAUGACACAUUUGGUGGGGAAUCAUUGGAUGUGUAAGAAAGGAAAUGAUAAUAAGGCUGUGAAAGUUCCAUGUCCCUCCCUGUUUGGCUCAUCCUGUCAGUUUAUAAAUGUAGUGCUCACCUAUGAUUUCUUCACAGACUCAGGACUGAUACUUGAAGAAGAACUUUAUGAAUAUACCAUGGAAACGGCCUUACCGAACGUUUUUGUGAAGGAGAAACUUAUAGGUGGCUACGAUCAAGUUAUUCAGUUGUCUAAGGAUGGUCUUUUCCAGAAACUGCUGGAAGAUAAGGAAGAUAAACCCAAAGCGGAUACCUAUGAUUUUGACCUCAUUGUUAUUGGUGGAGGCUCUGGAGGUCUAGCAGCUUCUAAGGAGGCUGCAAAGUAUGGCAAGAAAGUGUUGGUGCUGGAUUACGUUACCCCAUCUCCCGUAGGAACCAAAUGGGGUCUUGGAGGCACAUGCGUAAAUGUGGGCUGCAUUCCCAAGAAGCUAAUGCAUCAAGCAGCCCUACUGAGACAGGCUUUGAAAGAUUCAAACAAAUAUGGCUGGCAAAUUGAAGAUAAUGUGCAACACAAUUGGGAGAUGAUGACAAAGUCAAUCCAGACCCAGAUUCGCUCUCUGAACUGGAACUACAGGGUGUCACUCAUACAAAACAACGUGCAAUAUGAAAAUGGUUUUGGAGAGUUUGUGGAAGCACACAAAAUUAAGUCAACAAAUCCAAAAGGAAGCGUGAAAUCUUAUACUGCAAAGACAUUUCUCAUAGCUACAGGAGAAAGGCCACGCUACCCUGGAAUACCUGGAGACAAAGAAUACUGUAUUACCAGCGAUGACCUCUUUUCUUUGCCAUACUGCCCAGGAAAGACUCUGGUGGUUGGUGCCUCCUAUGUGGCAUUAGAAUGUGCUGGGUUUCUAGCAGGACUUGGUCUGGAUGUCACUGUAAUGGUGCGCUCCAUUCUGUUAAGAGGUUUUGACCAGGAAAUGGCUAAUAAAAUUGGCGAACACAUGGAAGAGCAUGGAGUCAAGUUCAUUAAAGAACAUGUGCCUACAAAGAUAGAGCAGAUAGAACAAGGAGCACCUGGGAGGCUAAAAGUGACAUCUCAGUCAGCUGACGGUAAAGAGAUUGUUGAAGAAUACAAUACAGUGUUACUUGCAAUUGGAAGAGAUGCGUGCACAAGAAAAAUCGGAUUGGAUAUACCUGGAGUAAAGAUCAAUCAAAAGACAGGAAAAAUUCCAGUCAAUGAUGAGGAGCAGACAACUGUACCGUAUAUCUAUGCUAUUGGCGAUAUACUAGAAAACAAAAUAGAGCUUACCCCAGUGGCUAUCCAAGCAGGUCGCCUUCUGGCUCAGAGACUCUAUGGUGGAUCCACUGUAAAGUGUGACUAUGUGACUGUCCCAACUACUGUAUUUACACCACUGGAAUAUGGAGCAUGUGGGCUAUCUGAAGAAAAUGCUAUUGCCAAGUAUGGGGAGGAUAAUAUAGAGAUCUAUCACAGUUAUUUCUGGCCCUUGGAAUGGACAGUUCCAGAGAGAGACAGCAACAAAUGCUAUGCUAAAGUCAUCUGCCAUAUAAAAGACAAUGAACGAGUGGUUGGCUUCCAUGUGCUUUCACCUAAUGCUGGAGAGAUCACACAAGGAUUUGCAGUAGCAAUAAAAUGUGGCCUCACAAAAGAGCAGCUGGACAGCACGAUAGGAAUCCAUCCAGUAUGUGCAGAGAUUUUCACAACGCUUACAGUGACAAAACGCUCUGGGGAGGAUAUUGUUCAAGGUGGAUGCUGAGGUUAAAUCUUGCUGUUUGUUGCUGUUGCCAUGGUCUUAGGAGACCAGAGAGAGGUUAUGACCUGAUAAUAAAAUCACAGUAAGGACAGUUAUCAAAAAAACAAGGUCAACAAACGAA